CGGAACAAACAGUUGUGUGUUUCUUCUUCCAUUCCAUUGUUGUUGUUGGAUUGGGUCUUUUGAAGAGAAGAAGUAUGGAGGAAUCGCGAGAUAUACUGAUGUCAACGCUGAUCGAAUCUGGGGUUCUGAUUCCCGGAGAUUUCACUUCCGUCGGCGAAUUUUCCCCGGAGGCGUUGGUAUCGAUCUGUGCUCAGUUGCUCAAUCUCAUUGACCCAUCGGCGUCGCUUUGCCGCGAGCUCCCUGAUUCUCUCCCCGAUAGGUUUAGGAUCUGCACCGACAUCGCUCAUUCUGUGAAGAAUCUAGGCUACAUCAGCGAAAUGAGCUAUUAUAAGUUUCUGCAUCCAUCUGAAGAUGACUCGUAUAGGUUGGUUAGGUUUCUGGUUGAGAGGCUUUCGGAGAAGAACGAAGGAGUGAAAAAUUCUCCAGCUGGUGAUUUAGCUAGCAGGACCAAGAUGGAGUAUUUUAGGGAUAUUUCAGAAGACCCGAUGGUGAAGGAGGACAACAAGGAUGAGACUUUUGAUAUGCAUAUACAGAAGGUUGAAGCUGUCCUUAAAGAUCUUACAAUGACUACUGAAAUCUCCCAUUCACCAGACUCUCGUGCAAAAGAUACAUCAACCAAUGGUUCCGCCAAUGUUGACUUUUUCUCCCUAAAGACAGAUGACCCUGUUAAUGAUGUACCAUCAGAUCUUUCUUUAAGAGAGUCAUCUGGAUAUGAGACAAAUUUUGAGACUGUUGAGUUACAGAAUCAACAUAAUUUACUCUUGGAGGAACUGGAAUCUGGAUCUUCAGAGUUAUUUAGUCUUGACAGCGAGCUGGAGUUAUUAAAGAUGGCUGCGGAGAGAUUAUUGGCAGACAAAAAGACGGGUGGGUCAUAUCUCGAACAGCUUAGUCAACAACUGGUGAUCAAAAGGUGUAAUAUCACGGAUAUUAAAAAGCAAUGGGACGAUGUAAGGUUGACUUUGGAAACUAAAAAGCUACGUCUCUUGGACCAACUUCAUGUUGAGGAACCAGAGGCUAAAGAGAAAUUCUAUAAGUUGAGAAAGAUUGAACUGGAUUUACAAUCUCUCUCAUCAGAAAUUCAAAAGAGGGAAGAUGAACGGUGUAACCUAUACAAUGAACUUGAGAGGCAGCCAAAAGCAGCGCCUCGGAAAUCUUAUAUCCAUGGGAUUAAAGAAAUCACUAAAAACAGCCGUAAACUGGAUACUGAUAUUCAGAGGAUUUCAGGGGAGAUCAGAGAGCUACAAUUAGAGAGUAACUCAAUCCGUGAACGCCUGCACCGAUCAUAUGCUGUUGUGGAUGAAAUGGUUACAAGGGAAGUGAGAAAAGAUCUAGCGGUACGACAAGUCUACAAGCUACUGACGAGUAUUCACAGUAUUUUUGAGCAAAUCUCCGAGAAAAUUCUCCUGACCGAUCGGUUUAGAAGAGAAACAGCCGAUUAUGAAAAGAAGUUGGUGUCCAUCACAGCUCGAGGCAUGAGUUUAGAGAAACUACAAGCCGAUCUGGAUGCCAUCAGGAAAGAAAACGAUAGCUUAAAGAAAUAAUCAUGUGGCCAAGGAAGGUGGAUUAAAUUAUACAUUUUUUUUGUAGAGUUUUGACUUUUGAGGUCAUCAGAGAGAAUCAUCCUUUGAUGUGCUUUAAAAUUUUGAGGAAGUGUUUAUAUACAGGAAUGUGUUAUCUUUUCAGGUAUAUGAAAAUAUUUCUGAUUUGAUCUCGACUACUAAAGAGAGCCUAAAGCUGAUUCGGUUAAGUCACAUCGGGUAUAUGUUUGUAAAAGUUCGGGAAUUUAGACAAACCAGGCAUGCAUAUAGAGAGGCUGCAUGUUUCAAAAAAUUAUUCCAUAGGGAUCAUCCAAUACAUUCUUUUAUGUAUUUUUCUGUAUGGUUUCACAACAAAAAAUGUGGCAAAAGGUUUGCUACUA